UCAUCAUCUACAUACACUUUUUUAUGAUUCGUAUUAUCAAAAUUUCCAAUGUUUCAAAAACUACGAUUUGCUCCAAGAUUUCACCUCCAUAAAUUCAUAGCGAUAAGAAGCGAUGCAACUUUUACAAAAUCAUACGAUCUUCACUUAUUAAGCCCUGAAGAAGGUCCGAAGAAAGAAGUUAAAAUUGAUAAGGAUGAAGGCCUUAAACUAUAUAAAAAAAUGGUUGAUAUAAGAAUCAUGGAACAAGCUUGCGCACACUUGUACACCGUAAAAGCUAUAAGAGGUUUUUGUCAUUUGUAUGUUGGCCAAGAAGCUACAGGUGUGGGAUUACAUUCCAUCAUUGGACCUGAAGAUUGCAUUAUCACUGCAUACCGUUGCCAUGGUUUUACCUUUCUCAUGGGGGUACCGAUGAUUGAUAUUGUAACAGAGCUCACAGGGAGAAGGUCUGGAGUUUCAAAGGGAAAAGGUGGCUCCAUGCACAUGUACGCGAAAAAUUUUUAUGGAGGAAAUGGUAUUGUUGGUGCGCAGGUACCCCUUGGUGUUGGAGUAGCUUUUAGCCAUAAAUAUCUGAAUAAAAAGGCUGUUUGUUUUACUUUAUAUGGAGAUGGUGCUGCCAAUCAAGGACAAGUUUUUGAAUCGUAUAAUUUAGCAAAAUUAUUUAUGCUUCCUUGUAUAUUUAUUUGCGAGAAUAAUGGGUACGCUAUGGGUACACAAACUAAUAGGGGGGCUGCCAACACAGAUUACUAUAAAAGAUGCGAGUACAUGCCUGGUAUAAGGUUUAAUGGUAUGGAUCUUUUAGCCACUAGAGAAGCAUGUAGAUUCGCUAAAGAAUACUGCAAUAGCGGGAAAGGUCCAAUUCUUAUGGAAGCAAAGAACUAUCGAUAUUUCGGACACUCCAUGUCAGAUCCAGGUACAUCCUACAGAACUAGAGAGGAAGUUGCAGAAGUACGUCAAAAACGUGAUCCCAUUAAAAACUUUGGCCAAGAGUUAGUGGACGCCAAAUUGGUAACAGAAGAAGAACUAAAAGCUAUUGAUAAACAAGGCAAGACAAUACAAGCAAAGUUACAAGAGGACGCAUUGAAACCUCCGCCCCCUCCCGAAAGCGACUUAGCUUUGGAUGUCAUAGCUACUUGCCCUGGAUGUCCUCUCAGAAACUCCAGCGUAUUCAAACCACUUAAACAUGGUUAUACCGGUAAACCAAUUAACUUUGAAUAAAC